AUGACUCACCGCGCUGAUGCGUCCAACACGCUCGACAAUCGCGGCUACUCGGGGCCACUGAUUCGAGGGCAAAACCCUGCCUUACUCUUCGAAACUCCUAUGCGAGAUCGGAUCACCGAUUCUCUGUACUGGAAGGAACAGUGUUUCGGUCUCAACGCGGCCACCCUCUGCGACAGAGCGGUGGAACUCACCUACAUUGGCGGUACAUACGGGGUCGCAAUGAAACCGACACCAUUCAUCUGCCUGGCUUUCAAACUAUUGACAUUGGUGCCUGACAAAGAGAUCAUUCUGGAGUACCUAAAGAAUGGAGGAGAAGAGUGGAAAUACCUCCGAGCUCUGGCAGCCUUCUACGUGAGGUUGACCUUUGACCCGGCCGACAUCUACAAAACCCUCGAACCGUUGCUUGAGGACUACAGGAAAUUGAGACUGCGACGGAGAGAAACAUACGAGUUGAUACAUGUGGACGAGUUUGUGGACAACCUUUUGACCAAGGAGCGUGUGUGCGGAACAAGCUUGUGGAAACUGCCAGGCAGGCAAUUGCUGGAGGAUCUCGAUCAGCUUGAGGAGCGGGUCAGCCCACUCCAAGCCGAAUUAGAUGCAAUGGAAGAGGAGGACGAGGUUGCGGAAGUGAUGGAUCGCAAUGGUACAGCAAGUGAAAAUGGUGGCAGCCCUCGACCUGCGAGCCGAAGCCGGAGUCGCAGCAGAAGCGAAAGCGGGUCUAUUGAUGGGUGA